UACAGGGGAAAGAAAAUCUACCAACUUACUUGAGUUGUGAUACGAAGAAAUUAAUGGUACUCAUUAGCAACAAAAAUCUAUAAAGCCCUCUCCUUCUCAAAACUCAAUCUCACUGACGAGUGGUACUUUCUAGUAGUAGUACUUUGUAGAAUGCAAGAAGCCAAUUACAACCACCACUCCGCCACCGGCACUGCGACUGGUUUUCUCGCCGUCAACGGUGGUGGGCCAUCUUCCAAACGCUUAAACAAGCCCCAGUUACCCCCACUCACAGUCCCACCAGGACACGUUUGCUUCCGACUCCUCUGCCACGCGUCUCGGGUGGGCGGAAUCAUCGGCAAGGCCGGCUCAAUCAUCCGGCAACUCCAGCAAGAAACCUCCGCUAAGAUCCGAGUCGAAGACUCGCUCCCCAACUCGGAUGACCACCGAGUCAUUGUUAUUAUAGGCAGGACAUCACUUGUUAGGAGAAUUAGUUUCAAUGCCAACAGGGAAGGAGACAGUGCUAGUGGUGGUUGUGAUUGUGAUGAUGGUGAUGACGAAGUGUUUGUUUCAGCAGCGCAGGAGGCGGUGGUCAGGGUGUUUGGCAGGGUGAUAGAGGUGGCGGCGGAGAGCUGCGGUGAUGGGUUCGCAGCGAGUGGGGGACUGGUGUCGUGUAGGCUGCUGGCGGAGACGAGUCAAGUUGGGGCAGUGAUAGGGAAGGGCGGGAAAGUGGUUGAGAAGAUUAGGAAGGAUACUGGUUGUAAAAUCAAAGUUUUGACUUCGGAAAAGUUACUGACAGAUGAAAUGGUUGAGAUUGAAGGUGAUAUCGUGGCUGUUAAGAGAGCACUUGUUGCUGUAACUCGUCGACUGCAAGACUGUCUACUAGCUGUUGAGAAAGCAAGGAUGAUGGCAAGCAGGCCAUUUGAAGCCAUACAUCAAGAGAGCUUACCUGAUUUACGUAUGGACCUACCUAUUCAUAGAGUUUUAGUUCCACAAUCUACAGAAUCAAGCUCCUCCGGAUAUUCCUCAGGGGACUAUCCAUUGUCAGUAGAGGCUGACAGGGUUCCAGUUAUGGAAUUAAAACCACCUCAGCAAGAAGUUGUCUUUAAAAUUCUUUGCUUAAAUGAUAGAGUAGGGGGCGUGAUCGGUAAAGGAGGUUCAAUUGUAAGGGCUCUUCAAGCAGAGACAAGUGCUUCUAUUAGUGUUGGGCCUACUAUUGCUGAAUGUGAUGAACGAUUGAUAACUAUUGCUGCAAUGGAGAAUCCAGAUUCACGACAGUCACCUGCACAAAAUGCUGUAGUACUAGUUUUUAGCCAGUGUGUAGAGGCUGACUCUGACAAGGGGCUGGAUUCUGGCUUGAAGGGCCCACCUGUUUGUGCAAGACUUGUAGUACCAUCAAGUCAAGUUGGUUGUUUGUUGGGUAAAGGAGGAGCAAUAGUUUCAGAGAUGAGAAAGGCGACUGGUGCAGCCAUUAGAAUUUUUGCGGGUGAGCAUGUACCAAGAUGCACUUUGGAAAGUGAUGAAGUUGUACAGAUUACUGGUGAGCUUGUGAAUGUACAAGAUGCAUUGUAUCAUGUCACUGGUAGGCUGCGAUAUAAUCUCUUUGCAACUAGAAUGCUGAAUAGUGCCGGAAAUAGGAGCAGUUCCUCUUGUGUUACUGAAACAGGUCCCUUGGGGAGAGCAAGGGAUCAGCCUUUGCCUGGAUUUCUUCCUUCUGUUGGUAUCUCUCAGAGUCAGCACUUGACGAGAAGUAUGGAGAAUCUUGCUCUUUCACAAAGUGUAAAUUGUCCCCCGUCACCAGGGCUAUGGACAUCGCAGACAGUGCCAGGAGUCGAUCAAAGGAGUCAACUUGAUGGCAGAGGAUUGACUUCAACUAAAGGUGGUGUUGAACUUGGCAGUGGUGACAGAUCUGCCAUUGUGACAAAUACCACUGUGGAGAUUGUAGUUCCUGAAAAUGUUAUUGGCUCAGUUUAUGGAGAUAAUGGUAGCAAUUUGGUUCGUCUAAGACAGAUUUCUGGCGCCAAAGUUGUAGUGCACGAGCCACGCCCCGGAACAUCUGACAGGAUGGUUGUCAUAUCUGGAUCUCCUGAUGAAACACAAGCAGCGCAAAGCCUCCUCCAUGCGUUCAUACUCACAGGGUCAUCAUGACGAGAUGAAUCUUUCUGCUAACAGAUUGCCUUUUUGUUUUUUUGGGGCAUAUAACAUCAGAGCUUCCGUUUUAAGCUCCAGCUUUGUACAUUACUCCAAUUUCUUUGAUGCCCUUUAUUCUUGAAAAGGAAAGAAAACGCCCUAUUAAUUCCAAGAAAUUAGUUUGGGGCAUCAUAGUUCAAUUUUGUUGGCCAUGUAUUUUGCAAGCCAACUAGAAUGGUCAUGUACUAAUAAGCUUGAUAUUUUGUGAUUAAACUGAAGGGUGAAAACCCCUGUUUUUAAUUGAAAUUGGA